AGGAAAGCGUGAGUCCAGAAAUUAUAUAGGAGGUGGCAACGAACAUUGGGUGUAAUUAGUAUUGAGAAAGACACGGCGAGACGUCAACGUGCCUUCACGAUGCGUCUGCAAUCUAGUGUGUUGUGCUGUGUACUCCUGGCGGCUCUCACCACUGCCCUCAGACAAUGCGACGAUUGCGUUAAGAUACUUCAGUGUCCAUCAGCGUUGCAGAUAAUCCGCACAGACCAUAGUGCGCCAACAAUCCAACGACUGCAAAAUGCACUCUGUGGUUUCGACGGUGUUCAAAAGGUGUGCUGUUCUGAUUUCUUGACAACUCGAUUUUACGGUAAUAAUGAAAUCGAUGACAACGCAUUAACUUCUGGAGACGAAAUCGAAAAUCAUCGUAGCAUCCGUCUUCUACCAACUGAGUGUGGCGAUAUGGACGGGAACAGAAUUGUCGGUGGAACCGUUGCGGGCCUGUACGAGUUUCCCUGGUUGGCCCUCAUUGCGUACAGAAAUGAAAAAUCUUUGAAAUUUAAAUGUGGAGGUUCCGUUAUAACUGCAAGAUACGUGCUGACCGCCGCGCAUUGCAUCAAUAAAGAUUUAGUAGCAGUUAGAAUUGGAGACUACGACAUAAGCGCACCUGUAGAUUGUGUGGGGGAAGAUGAAAUACGCGAAUGUGAAUCAAAGUAUCAGGAUAUCGCCGUUACCCAUCGUAUACAUCACCCCAAAUUUGUCACAGUACCAAUGAGCCAGAACGACAUCGGACUACUACGUCUCGCUACUUCUGUGGACUUUUCUUACAGAAAUUCAGGUACAAUUUGUUUACCGAUAAUGAGGGAUCUACGAGAAAAAGAUCUAGCACAAGAAGUCGCUACGGUAGCCGGUUGGGGAGCGACAGAGAAUCAACAGCAAUCCAAUGUUCUACUUAAAGUUCAAGUGCCUAUAUUCCCAGAAACGACGUGUAAAUCCUUUUUCAGAAGAUCCUUGCAAUCACCUCUAUAUAAAAAAAGCAGCAUGAAUAACACAAUAUGCGCCGGCGAACCUGGCCGUGAUUCUUGCAAAGGUGACUCCGGAGGACCUCUUAUGAUCGAAGCACCUUACAACGAGACAUAUAAAUUUGUUCAAUUCGGCAUCGUGUCUUACGCAUUUGAGCAAUGCGGUUCAAGCUUACCAGGAGUAUAUACCGAUGUUAGAAAAUAUAUGAAAUGGAUUUUGGAUACCAUUAAACCAUAGAAUUUUUGUCAGACUAAAUAUAUAAUAAAAUUAAUUAAAUUAUAAUGUGAUCCUCUUUUUAACAUAUAGUUUCAUAACGCUAUUGAUUGCUACAUAUAAUAAAUUCAAUGCUUAACC